AAGCAAAAAAGCUUAAAAUAGAUAUUAGGUCAAUAGAAUUAGAGAAAGACCUGCAGCUAUAUAAAGAAGGGACCGAAAUCAUGAACCUACUUGAAAAGAAGUAUAGUCCAAGCUUUGAACAAGAAAAA